AUGAGCAAUAACUUAAAUUGUAUAAAUUACGAUUUUAACCAAAAAGUUAAAUGGAAUUUUUACAUAAAUUUAAGAGAUGUAACAGAUUUAAAGGAAUUAGACGAAUUGCUAAGUGAAGAAGAAAAUUGUUAUAGGAUGAACAAUGAAAAUAAAAUGAAAAGUGUAAAUAAUAUAUGUGAAAAAAAUUUAUUAGGAGAAAUAAUAAAAGCAUAUAUAUUUUGCAAAAGUGUCAAAAUAAAGGAAACAUGUAAUUUGUGCUUAAUGUCUUGGAUAUCAACAAAACAAUGUUGGUUUGAUUGUGAUGAACUAUUAUUAAAUAAAUAUUUUGAAGGAUUAUUAGAACCAUUAAUAUUUAUUUGCAAAGUAUUAAAAGAAAAGGUUAUACACCAUUUUUAUCAAAUACCAAAAGAAUUAUAUGUAGUUUUUAUAAAUAAAUUUAAAAAAUAUUUAAGGAUUUAUAAAGAUAAAGAAAUUAUAUUAAGUAUUAUUUCAUCUGCUUGGGAUAUAUUGCAUUCCAAGAUAUAUUCACAAAAUUGA